AUGAAACAAGACUCACUUUCUACAACCUCUCAAAAGCUUCUCCACAGUAACAGUCAGACCAGUACAGACCACAGAAGCGUAGUUCCAUCAAAAGUUCCAUCAUUACCUCAACAAGACUUUUACAAUUAUUUCAAGCAAACGGCUACAGAACUACCUUCACGACCAGUUUCUCAACUUUCUGGUAGCACUUUUAUCGAUGGGAUUUCGCUUCAUACUGUAAGUUUUUGAUGCUUUUUGAGAUUUUAUGGUUUUUGUAUAAUAAAUUGUAUGGUGUUUAUGAAAAUUUUUUUAAAAGUUUUGAAUGAAUAUUUUAAGCCAUAACGUAUAAAUUUUAUUUGCAGACUGAUUUUCCAGUAGAACGACCAAAUACGAAUGCUCAAACUAGAAAGGUAUGA